AUGGUAUGUAACUCUGUUCGAUGGGUUCCAUCGGCAGCGCAGAACCACAACUCUGGUACACAAAACCGCUGCGGGGCUAUGAAUAUCAAGUGGCUUUCUUUUAUGAUCUAUUUAACCUAUACAAAGAAACAUGGUACUUAUGGAGUGGCAAUUGAUGAUAAUUCUAAUCUUGCAGCUUAUAUAUCGACAGGCCCCUCGUCAGCGGCCCCCCCCCUUGCCCCUCCAACAAGGAUCGAACAGCUUCAAAUGCCACGGAACUGUGCGCUUGCCGACCUGAUUUGUGUGUUCCCUCCUUUCAUUUCCACCAGCGAGAUUCUUUGCACACAGACUCUUUUUGAAUAUCUAUUUUAUUAUUAUUUUAUUCUUGUCUAG